AUGGAGUGCUGGCUGUUUCACUUCACAUCGUCUGGGGAAUUCCUUUUCCCUUGCGCUUCUUUGCUCUCGGCACCUCAGCGUUGCAACUGCGGGUUUUCCUCAUUUUUCCUUAGACAGGUCGCAUGCUGGCUUCUCCCUCGGGUCGUCAGGCUAGCCCUCAACUCUCGCUUUCCUGUAUUAUCCGUCUCCUUAACCCCUUCCACCUCAGAGGUUUGGCUAUACGGCCCAUUUGAGCAUUGCUUUUGUCCUUCGACCCAGACAACACCAACACACCCCAUUCCUCAGAACCUGAAGCUCUUCCUGAAGGAGGGGCAGCAAUUGCAACUGUAUGCAUAUGUACUCUGA